AUGAGCAUUUGGUUUACAAUAAACGUUCUUGUAAUAGUUCAAUUCCUUUGUGCGGUAGCCACUGCUGAUACUAUAGGGGGAUGUAGACCCCCAUCGGUUGAUAAAGGCCUAUAUGCCGAAUAUAUCAACACGACCCUUGAUGAAUAUCCUUUUCUGAAUCAGUCUGAGGCUACAGCUGCUCUUUCUGCAAUUGACAAUUCCGAAGCAGGACUUUCCUGGGGAGGGGUUACUAGUCAAAACUUCAACUUCGCAACUCCGGCCGAUAGUGCCGUAUAUGCGGAGCUAUAUGGGAAAACAGUUAACGUAGGAUACUUUGGUUUGAGACUCUCAGGAUACUUUUAUGCCACUACAACCGGAGACUACACUUUCGAUAUAAGUAAUGCUGAUGAUACUGCAUCUAUCACGCUUGGAGCAGGGGUUGCUAUGGAUUGUUGUGGACUGGGACCGCUCACAGGAAAUCUUGAUGAAAAUGCUUAUUACAUUCAAGGUAGUGGAAGUACAACUGCUACGGAGACAGUUACACUUACAGCGGGUGUCUAUUAUCCUAUUAAAAUCGUCUACUACCAAGAAGGUGGGCCAUCUAGCUUUACCAUGUCUGUAACCUAUCCUGAUGAUAUAACGCAUACAUCUGAUAUUGACUGGUAUAGCUCAACAGACAAUAGCACAUCAUGUCCUUAUUCAGUUACUACUACUGUUACAUGGACCGGAACAGAUACUGAGACUGUUACUGUAACAGGCUCAC